GUGGAGUGUGCUGAGAUGGACUGUGAGGAAGGCUGGGCCUUGCUGAAGUGUGGAGGAAAAAAUUAUAAUCGAGCCCUGGCCUGCUUUGCAAAGGCUCUGGAAGAAGAGCCUGACAACCCUGAGUUCAACACUGGCUAUGCAGUCGUAGCCUCUAACCUGGAUUACUGUGUUGGAACUUCUCUAGAACCUCUACAGAAGGCUGUCAGGUUAAGUCCAGAAAAUCCACACAUUAAAGUUCUCCUUGCCCUAAAGCUCCAGGAUUUAGGAAGAACAGAUGAAGCAGAAAACCACAUUGAGGAAGCUCUGCCCAGAAUACCCUCCCAGAACAAUAUCUUUGGAUAUGUAGCCAAAUUUUACCGAAGGAAAGGUUGUGUGGAAGAAGCUCUCAACUUUCUUGAAAGAGCCUUGCAGACAAAACCUUCUUCCGCCUACUUGCAUUUCCAUAUUGGUCUUUGCCAUAAGACACGACUGAUUCAAAUAAAGAAAGCUGCAAACAUGAAACCUAGAGGGAAAGAUAGAGAAAAUGCCAACGAAUCCAUCCGUUUGGCUAUAUAUUAUUUUAAAAAGACUUUAGAACUGAAACCAACAUACGAUAUGGCAUAUAUUGAAUUGGCUGAAAUGUACUCAGAGAUUGGUCAACUUGAAGAGGCUGAGGAAAAUUUUCAGAAAGUGUUGAGCAUGAGUAACUUGGAAGAUCAUAUGCAGCAAGAGAUCCAUUUGCGCUAUGGUCUCUUCCAACAAUUCCAUAUCAAAUCAGAAGACACAGCCAUCACCCAUUACUUAAAAGGACUGAAA